UCAAACUCGCCCUUAAAUCAGUCCACUGCACACUCUUCCCCUUCCUCCCUCCCUCCCUGUAUCUGAUUGUGUCCAUAAAUCGGGGUUAAAGUGAGGGCGAAAUCGCAUCAAUCAGCGCAAUCGGUGAGGAAUCUCGGUGCCCGCAGGCUCUGGGGUUGGAUUAUCGCGCAGCUUCAAUCGCUUCCUGAAGGAGGAGCGCUGCGGCUAGUUUUGAUUUGAGCGACUGUUAGAGGCUUGCAAAGAUGGCAAAUUUAACUCUAACUGGAAUACUUGAAAAGAUGACUGGAAAAGAUAAGGAUUACAGAUAUAUGGCAACUUCGGAUUUACUUAAUGAAUUGAACAAAGAAGGGUUUAAAGUAGAUACUGAUCUUGAAGCAAAGCUGUCAAACAUUGUCAUUCAGCAGCUUGAUGAUGCAGCUGGUGAUGUUUCUGGAUUAGCUGUGAAGUGUCUUGCUCCAUUGGUCAAGAAAAUUCACGAGCAGCGGGUUCUUGAAAUGACCAACAAGCUUUGUGAUAAACUGCUCAAUGGGAAGGAGCAAAACCGUGAUAUUGCUAGCAUUGCUUUGAAGACCAUUGUUGCGGAAGUUCCUACCUCAACUGUUGUGAAAUCUGUUCUAGUUUCAGUUUCACCUAAGUUGAUACAAGGCAUAACUGGUCAGGGGAUGAGCACGGAAAUCAAAUGUGAAUGCCUUGAUAUUCUUUGUGAUGUUCUUCAAAAAUAUGGCAACCUAAUGGCAUCAGAUCAUGAGGUAUUAUUAGGUGCAUUGUUGCCCCAGUUGAAUACCAAUCAAGCCAGUGUUCGUAAGAAGGCUGUUUCAUGCAUUGCAUCACUUGCUUCAAGCUUGUCUGAUGAUUUGCUGGCAAAGGCUACAGUUGAAGUUGUUCAGCUUUUGCGAAAAAAGUCAACAAAAUCUGAUAUUACCCGCACAAACAUUCAGAUGAUUGGGGCUUUGAGUCGUGCCGUUGGCUAUCGCUUUGGUCCACACCUUGGAGACACAGUUCCGAUAUUAAUCAACUACUGUAAUAAUGCAUCAGAAAAUGAUGAGGAACUUCGUGAAUAUAGCCUACAGGCACUAGAGAGCUUCCUGCUGAGGUGUCCCAGGGAUAUUUCUCCAUAUUGCGACCAAAUCUUACACCUUACAUUGGAAUUCCUCAGCCAUGAUCCAAAUUUCACUGAUAACAUGGAGGAAGACACAGACAGUGAAAGUUACGUGGAAGAGGAAGAUGAUGAGAGUGCAAAUGAAUACACAGAUGAUGAAGAUGUCAGCUGGAAAGUUCGGAGAGCUGCUGCUAAAUGCUUGGCUGCAUUAAUAGUUUCUCGCCCCGAAAUGCUCUCAAAAUUAUAUGAUGAGGCUUGCCCAAAGUUGAUUGAUAGGUUUAAAGAAAGAGAGGAAAAUGUUAAGAUGGAUGUCUUUAAUACAUUCAUUGAGUUAUUGAGACAAACAGGAAAUGUUACAAAAGGCCAGACAGAUUUUGAUGAAUCAAGUCCCAGAUACCUACUGAAGCAAGAGGUGCCAAAAAUUGUUAGAUCUGUAAAUAAACAGCUGCGCGAAAAAUCUGUUAAAACGAAGGUUGGAGCUUUCUCAGUUUUGAAAGAGCUGGUAGUUGUUUUGCCUGAUUGCCUUGCAGACCACAUUGGGUCACUUAUUCCUGGAAUUGAGAAGGCAUUAUGUGACAAAUCCUCUACCUCCAAUCUAAAGAUUGAAGCUCUUAUAUUUACAAGAUUAGUGUUAGCCUCACAUGAUCCUUCUGUUUUUCAUCCCUACAUCAAGGCAAUUUCUGCUCCUAUUAUAUGUGCUGUGGGUGAGCGGUACUACAAAGUUACUGCAGAGGCUUUAAGGGUAUGUGGAGAGCUCGUUCGUGUUGUGCGGCCUAAUAUUGAGGUCUCUGGAUUUGAUUUCAAGCCCUUUGUCCAUCCUAUAUACACUGCUAUAAUGUCACGCCUGACUAACCAAGAUCAAGAUCAGGAAGUAAAAGAAUGUGCUAUUUCUUGCAUGGGCCUUGUGGUUUCUACAUUUGGUGAUCAUCUUGGAGGCGAACUGCCUACAUGCCUUCCUGUACUAGUGGAUAGAAUGGGAAAUGAGAUAACUCGACUCACAGCUGUGAAGGCUUUUGCAGUCAUUUCCACCUCUCCUUUGCAUCUUGACCUAUCAUGUGUUUUAGAGCAAGUAAUAUCAGAGCUGACUGCAUUUUUACGAAAGGCCAACCGUGCCCUAAGACAGGCGACCCUGGGGACACUAAACGCUUUGAUUGUUGGUUACGGCGAUAAAAUUGGUUCUGGUGCUUAUGAAGUCAUAGUUGUUGAACUUUCAACUUUGAUAAGUGACUCUGACUUGCAUAUGGCUGCUCUAGCGUUGGAGUUAUGUUGUACACUGAUGGCUGACAAAAGAUCUGGUCCAAAUGUUGGUUUGACUGUCAGAAACAAAGUUCUGCCCCAAGCCCUGACUCUUAUUAGAAGCUCACUGUUGCAGGGGCAGGCCCUUCUGGCACUACAGAACUUCUUUGGUGCCCUAGUCAACUCUGCAAACACAAGCUUUGAUGCAUUGCUGGAAUCUCUUCUUUCAACUGCAAAACCAUCAGCUCAAUCUGGAGCUGUUGCAAAACAGGCUUUGUUUUCCAUUGCCCAAUGUGUUGCUGUUCUGUGUCUUGCUGCCGGGGAUAAAAAAUGUUCCUCUACUGUUAAAAUGCUCACAGAUAUCCUCAAAUCUGAUAGCAGCACAAAUUCGUCCAAGCAACAUCUCUCCUUGCUGUGCUUGGGGGAGAUUGGCAGGAGAAAAGAUCUAAGUGCACAUGACCAUAUAGAGAAUAUUGUUAUCGAGUCCUUCCAGUCGCCAUUUGAAGAAAUAAAAUCAGCUGCUUCCUAUGCCCUGGGAAACAUUGCUGUUGGAAAUCUACCCAAGUAUUUACCCUUUAUCUUGGACAAAAUUGAUAAUCAGCAGAAAAAGCAAUAUCUAUUGCUCCAUUCUUUGAAGGAGGUCAUUGUAAGGCAAUCUGUAGAUAAAGCGGAGUUUGAUGAAACUAGUGUGGAGAAGAUAACAAAAUUACUCUUUAAUCACUGUGAAAGUGAGGAAGAAGGUGUUCGGAAUGUGGUUGCUGAGUGUCUGGGAAAAAUUGCCCUUAUAGAACCCAGAAAACUAGUUCCUGCACUUAAGGAGAGGACAUUGAGUGCAACUGCAUUCACGCGGGCUACAGUUGUAAUUGCUGUGAAAUACUCUAUAGUUGAGCGGCAGGAAAAGAUAGAUGAAAUUUUAUACCCUGAGAUUUCAUCUUUCCUGAUGCUUAUCAAGGAUAAUGACAGGCAUGUGAGGCGCGCAGCUGUCUUGGCCUUGAGCACUGCUGCUCAUUAUAAGCCAAACCUGAUAAAGGGUUUGCUUCCAGAACUGUUGCCGCUUCUGUAUGAUCAAACAGUGAUAAAGAAAGAGUUGAUCAGGACAGUGGAUUUAGGUCCUUUCAAGCACACAGUGGAUGACGGGCUUGAAUUGAGGAAAGCUGCUUUUGAAUGUGUGGAUACUUUGUUAGACAGUUGUCUCGAUCAAGUGAAUCCUUCAUCCUUUAUAGUCCCGUAUCUUUUAUCUGGAUUAGACGAUCAUUAUGACGUCAAAAUGCCUUGUCAUCUUAUCCUUUCAAAGUUGGCUGAUAAGUGUCCAUCUGCUGUGCUUGCUGUAUUGGAUUCGUUGGUGGAUCCUCUCCAGAAGACCAUCAAUUUUAAGCCGAAGCAGGAUGCUGUGAAGCAAGAAGUCGACCGCAACGAAGACAUGAUCAGGAGUGCACUCCGUGCCAUUGCAUCCUUGAACCGCAUAAGCGGGGGAGAUUGCAGUCACAAAUUCAAGAGUCUGAUGAAUGAGAUUGGCAAAUCCCCGGCUCUAUCGGAAAAAUACUCAUCCAUCCGAAACGAGUGAAGGUGGCGGUGGUGGUGAUGAGAGAAAUGCGGGAAUGGUGAGUGUAGUCUUAUUAUUAUUAUUAUUAUUAGUGUAGUGUUUUUGGGGUGAUUAAAAGUGGGGGUGUUUUGUCCUACCUUACCCUGUUUAUAGGAUAGGAUAGACCUUGUUGGUUGGUUCUGUAGCGACAUGAAUUAUGAUGAUGAUGAUGAUGUGCCAUUUAAUUCUGUAUAUUGGAUUUGAUUUGAGAUGAUGCAGUAUGGAUUUUUGACA